AUCAGCGAGCGGCAGUCACACUCGAGCAAGAAAACAGCCGCAGCGGAACAAAAAACAUUCGAAAAAAUGACCCGUAGAACCUCGUUUUAAGCGGAUUCAAAGCCAGGACGAAGGAGCAGAGCAGCAGAACAGGAUCAUCAUCAGAGGAUCAGUUGGAUCAUCGGCCAAACAGCCGCAUUUCCCCCCGCAAUCCACACUCGCACACACCCACACAGCCGUAUACCGCAGUAUUUUCACACACACUUGAGGAUUUCCUUCACCAUCAUUUGAACAAUCCGCAGCCAAGAAAUGACGGACAAGGAUAGCGAGCAGUGCACCGUCUCGGUCUUUGACCAGACACCCGGCUCAGAGCAGAAGAAGAUCAAUGUGGUGGUCCGCUCCCACUUCACAGUAAAGCGAGUAAUGGACCUGAUCGAUACUCAGUUCCACUACGGGAAGUUUGAGCUUCUUUUGCAACCACACGAAAACAAGGAUUUGGUUAACCUGAAUGCCCUAGAAUCCCAGCUUUUCUACGAUGUUCCUGGUUUUGAGCGCCAGUUGAAAAACCACUUGGCGCUGCUUCCUUCCGGCAGUUGGGACGGAGACGUUAGCAAACGCUUCGAGUUUCCCAUCAAAAAAGUGGUAGUAAAAAAGGUCAUAAAAGCAGAUGGCGAGAAGUCCAAGAGCCCUGCCACUGGCGAGAAAAAGAAACGCGUGGUUGGUGAGAAAACCAAGAAGAAGACUGCAUCCGGUUCCUCUUCUCCUAGCAAGUCAAAAACAACAAGUGAAGACUCGUUGGCGAAAACCAGCGUCAGUUCAGAAUCAAGCCCAGAAAAAAGUUCCAAAAUCACGACAACUGAAGAAAACGGCCCCAAGCCAGUUUUAGAAGCUCCUAAGGCUAGCCCUGAAGAAAGUCCCGACCUAUCUGCAGAGGCAAGCUCCAAAAUCACGUCUCUGGAGAGUCCAGUUGCCAAGAAACCAGCAAAGGUCUUUUCAAAACCAACUCUAGAUUGCGAGUCGAUAGACGUACUGAACAAGCAACGGAUCUCUGAACAACUGCAACUUUAUCCUCAAGGUAGAAACCUAAUCUCACCGGUUGAGUUUGCUCCUUCAGACCUAUUCAUUUCGGAUGCUGAACAGUUGUCGGAUGACGACCUGGCACUGGGCGCAUCUGCAAGUCCAACUAUGUUGGGACCGGGCUAUGAUUUCGGAGCUCCGACUGGGGACUCAGACGUGGAGGGUGUGACCGGAGUGGCGGAUCCAUCUACGAUUGGACCAGACGAUGGUACGGACCCAGCGCUGUCGAACUUCUAUCGUCGAAAGUAUGGCGGUGACGAAUUGCCAGCAUGGAAGAGAGUAAAUACUACGGCAGAGGACUUUGUGUCGUCAGCCACCACGGAAACGGAGACGGAGGCACGACAGACGAACGGUGGACCCAGGGGAUAUGUUGGCUUGGUGAAUCAAGCCAUGACUUGCUACCUAAACAGCUUGCUUCAGGCACUCUUUAUGACGCCCGAGUUUAGGAAUGCUCUGUAUCGCUGGGAGUUCGACAACGAUAACGAAGCUAAAAACAUACCCUACCAACUGCAAAAGUUAUUCCUCAACUUGCAGACGUCGCCAAAGGCGGCAGUGGAGACCACAGACCUUACCCGCAGCUUUGGGUGGGACUCGACAGAGGCCUGGCAGCAGCAUGACAUCCAGGAGCUUUGUCGGGUUAUGUUCGACGCUCUAGAGCAGAAAUUCAAGAACACAAAGCAGGCAAAUCUUAUCUCCAAUCUGUAUGAGGGCAAAAUGAAUGAUUAUGUUAAGUGUUUGGAGUGCAAUACUGAGAAGACGCGCGAGGACACCUUUUUAGAUAUUCCGUUACCUGUGCGUCCAUUUGGAAGCAGCUCAGCCUACGGCAGCAUUGAAGAGGCACUGCGCGCCUUCGUCCAGCCGGAGACACUCGAUGGAAAUAACCAAUAUCUGUGCGAGAAGUGUAAAAAGAAAUGCGACGCCCACAAGGGUCUGCAUUUUAAGUCCUUCCCCUACAUUUUGACACUUCACCUAAAGCGUUUUGACUUUGACUACCAGACCAUGCACCGCAUUAAGUUAAAUGACAGAGUAACCUUCCCCCACACGCUAAACCUCAGCACGAUUAUUAACCGAAGCGGCAACAGCGGCGAGCAAAACUCUCAGCUGAAUGGCACUGUGGACGAUUGCAGCACUGCUGAUAGUGGCUCGGCUAUGGAGGACGACAACCUGAGCAGCGGCGUGGUGACCACAGCUAGCUCCAGUCAGCACGAGAACGAUCUUAAUGACGAGGAUGAAGGCAUCGACAUGAGCAGCAGCACUAGCAAGAGCGCAAAACAGGGAUCCGGGCCUUACCUGUACGAACUAUUUGCCAUCAUGAUCCAUUCGGGCAGCGCUUCUGGUGGCCACUACUAUGCUUAUAUAAAGGACUUCGAUAACAACAGCUGGUUCUGCUUUAACGAUCAAAAUGUGUCCGCGAUCACUCAGGAAGACAUCCAACGUUCGUUUGGAGGACCUAAUGGCAGCUACUACUCCAGUGCUUACACCUCCAGCACCAACGCGUACAUGUUGAUGUACCGGCAGGUGGACGCAAAACGCAACGAACUCGUCGCCAAGGUGGCCGACUUUCCUGAGCACAUCAAAUCACUACUUCCGAAACUUCACUCGGAGGAGGAGAACCGCGUAACUCGAUUGGGCAGGCACAAUACAGUAACGGAUUUGGCUCUUCCGGACCUAUACAAACCGCGCGUAUACUUUUAUAAUCCCUCACUGAAAAAGAUGAAAUUCACCAGGGUUUACGUAUCACAAAGUUUCGACAUUAACAGGGUGCUCAGUUCGGCCUAUGAUACUUUAAAUGUGGAACUAUUCGCACCGCUUUCACGAUGUCGUUUGGUGGCUUACAAUUCUGCGAUGGACACUAUCAUCCAGUCCCUAGAGGGUUUCACAGAUCCAGCUCUGACCGAACUGCGCGCAGCACAGAACUAUAGUCUAGACUUUCUGCUGGAGUACCGGGCCGAGGACCAACAGUUCGAAAACUAUCCUCCGGACGGCAUCACAUGGUAUGUGUUUAAGGUAGAUCUAUCGAGCAUGGCGAUGGACGGUCCCUUCCUGGUUUACUCAGCAGCGCGGGAGCGGGAAGCCAGCGACGCCCUUCGCCGCUCCAUCGCCCUCCGUUUACACAUUAGCGAGCAGCAGUUCCUACUCGCCACGGUGCGCGGCACAAUUCCGAAGGCUUUCGUGGCUUACGAUCCACACCCGUCGCCCGAUGCGCUGCAGCACCUACAAAACCUGGCCAACACCCAGUUCAAAUCCAUAACCUACUUCUACUUAAAUGUCCCCAAUACGGAUUCCGCCAGCCUUGAGAUGUUGGGUGUGCCCAGCAUCGAGUCCAUCGAGACGGCCAGUGGUGGUGAUGUGGUUGAUGCCGCCAUGAUGAAUGGCGUGGCACCCGGCCACGAGCCGUCCAACAGUGACUGUGAUUGGAGGCGCUACAAGCGGGAACCGCUGGACACGCUGUCACAACCUAGUCCCAGUCUCGGCCACGAGUCCAACUCGGAGGACAGCAGUUUAAGCGACGGAGACCGCACUCUGGUGGAGACGGAAAACCUAGCACAUCGCGGUGGUGGCGACAGCCAAGUCAGUUCCACCAGUCAUUCGCCACAGCUAUCUAGCCCCGAGGACGAAGCAGCUUCACACGAUGCCAUGUUGCGGGUUCAUGCAUACUGCAAUGGAAACGGCAGUUAUGCGGCAGCUGAUGUCGUAGAACCCUUACUCCUGCCCACCAGCACCAAUCACUUUUUCUACGCAACAAAAAUUGACUGCGUGGAUGUGGUGGGCACCAGUUCCAGUUCGGGUCACCAGUCCGACGAGGAAGCUCAGUUGCGAAGACCUACGCGUGCCUACAAACUACUGGUGGGCACGCAUAUGCGCAUGGGCGCCUUCAAGCGCCAUAUUGAACAGUUGAUCCAAGUGCCGAGCGCCUAUUUUAAAUUACAGCGCAAGCACGAUAACAACCUGUCCAGUAACCAGAACAACUCGUUGGUUCUUCUCACCGAAGGCGAAACACUAACUGUGGAAUUGGGCAAGAAUCUGGAGCCGGAUGAGUUUAAGGCCAAAAUUCACUUUAUGCGACUUGCGGACAUUGAUAACGAAACGUCGAAGUUGCCCUGCGUCUGCGAGUGGGUCUACAAUGCCAACACAACGGCGGAGCAGGCCAAACAAGACUUAGUGGCGAAACUGCACCGUAUGGACGCUAAGUAUGCCACACUCACUGUAGAGAACUGUCGCAUCUGGCUGAAGGGUGGGCGUAUUCCCAUUAAGAUCCUGGCCAACGAUGAAACACUCUACUGCGACAUGCGCUCCACCAUAGCGGCAGAGUUCAUUGUGCAGGAGUGUGAAGAAGGUGUGAACCCACAACCCAAGGACGAUUCACUAACUAUAUUUGUUAGGAGUUGGUGUCCUUAUAAAAUGGAGUUUGGAAAGUUCCAAGAAAUUACUUUGGACCAGGACAGCGAAAUCAGACAGUCAUUAUCACAGAUCAGCAACCUCCCAACAGACAAACUGAGCUAUAUGAAGGUUAACAGCAACUUCCCCUGCACAAGCAUAUCAGCGUUAAGCGUCAACGAAUCCAGUAGUUGGUACGCCGUACCAGCAAGUCUGGACAAAUAUCCGCUGAAUACCACACAGACGGCCAACAUCUACUUGUACAAAGAUAAGACCGUACCUGCGCGUGAGCUGACGCUAGAGGAGCGACGUCAGAUGAACGCCAGGGAGAAGGCUCGCCUUGAUCGGGUGGGUUGUGUGUCUACCACCCGAUUCUCCCAGCGUCGGGAACGCGCCCUGAAGAUCUACCUGGACUCGCCUGAGAAGUCAAGUAACGUGACCGCCUCAGCACCAAUGGAUGUGCAUGUCAAUAAUUAGUUUGGUGACGAGUAUAAAACGGUCGCGACCCAAAACAAAAAGUACACCUAAACAUGUAUGUAGCGACGGCAGACCAUUAAAUCCCAGAUCCUGUUUUAAUCAACGGUCAUAUAUCUUUGGCGGCUCCAAGUGCCGGUCGUGUUUUCUAUACUUUACCCGCAGCAAUUGCGUAUUUUGUUGUUGUUUAUUUUGUUUGGCGCAAGGGGAAGAUGUCGGCGUGAUGGGCAAGAGCAUAGUCAUUGGUCUGUACUAAAUUGGAAUGGAUCUGGGAUAUACGGCUGAGCUGCGUGGCACAGCACUAUGCGACGUUAACCAUAACGAAGUUAUUCUUGCAACUUUCGUAAUACAAGAGUUCAAAGAUGAGACUGUAAAAUUUAAACUAAAUAUGCAAGAAAUCUAAAUUACAAAUUGUAUAAUGUGAAUGUGAACAUCAAAACUAAAUUAAAAGAAUAAAAUAAACACAA